CCCACACAUACACACAAAACACAUUUUCAGUAUUAUUUACAUAUUUUUUCUUUUUUUAAAUAACUAUAUUCAUGUUCAAUAAGUCUGAGUAUGUAGUCUAAUGAGGCUUGUUUUUCUGAUUAAAAGUUGAAAAUAAUAACUGAGAUACAGAUAUUAAUACUAAGCAGACUUUAUUUAGGCCACAUUUCUAUAUGAAAACAUUUUUAUUGUUCUGAUGUUAUAUUCUAAUCUUAAAUUAUUUUUAAUGAAAAUAAUCAUAAUAGAAGUGAAGGCUUGAAAACAUCAAUGUGUGAAAUUAAUAUAAUUCUUUCAGUAAUGUAACUAAGCAAACAAUUUUCUUCAAUGAUAUUCUAACCUAUUGAAUAAGAUUUUUAUUUAAUCUUUUACAUUUAAUGUUUCAUAUAUUUUUUAUAUAUUUUAUACUACACUUCAUUCAUAGUGUAGAUUAAGAUUGUUUGUGUUAAAGUUUAACAUAAAACGCACAUGAACUGAUACCUUUGAGUCAAUCAGAGCCAGUUAUUGAAGUGGAAAUAUUGUUUGGUGAGUUGAUUGAUUAUUGGUUGUGUUGCUGUGGGCGUUUCUCUGCUCUGACUCUUUAAGGGAAGCAGAUCUGAGCUCAGUUAGGAGUCGUAAUGCCAUUCCUGACUUCCUGGUGGCUGUACAUGUUUCCAUCAUUCAACCCUUUGUUGUUUUUAAUUAGAAAAGACACAUGGAUAUUUGUGAUUUAGUUCCUCCUCUAAUUUAUCUUGUCAGCAUGUAGCAUUUCUCUGUGAUCAGUUUGUCAACUCAGUCAUCUUCAUGUUUGUAUUACAAACAAAAUUAAGAAUGAAAAUUAAUUCCACUCAUGUCUUAUAUUUUACUCUGAGUGCAUUUUUAGACACAGGCAUGCUGAGCUACUUUUUCUUCACCAUCAUCCUGUCUCUGUAUGUUCUGAUUAUCAGCUCUAACGUCCUGCUGACCGUGGUGAUCUGUGUGAACCGGACCUUACAUGAACCCAUGUUCCUGUUCCUCUGCAGCCUGUUUGUGAACGAACUGUACGGCAGUUUGGGUUUGUUUCCCUUCCUGCUGGUUCAGAUCCUCUCUGAUGUUCAUAUAAUUUUUGCUCCUCUUUGUCUCCUGCAGAUUUUCAUUCUUUAUACUUACGGAAGUGUCGAGUUUACUAACUUAGCCGUCAUGUCUUAUGACAGAUACGUAGCGAUCUGCUGUCCUCUGCAGUAUAACUCCCUGAUGACUUCAAGGAGAAUAGCGAUUCUUAUAUCCAUCAUAUGGUUGCCUCCUCUUUUCUGUGUUGGUUUCACCGUAUUCCUGAGCUCCUCUCUGCAGUUCUGUGGGAACGUCAUCAAUAAGGUUUACUGUGACAAUCACUCCAUCAUCAAGCUGGCCUGUAACGACCCCACAGCCAAUAAUAUCUAUGAACUAAUCAUGGCUUUCUUCACAGUCUGUGUUCCUGUUUCUGUUAUCGUCUACACCUACAUGAGGAUCCUUCAGGUGUGUUUCUCUGGGUCCAAACAGACCCGGCAGAAAGCCGUCAGUACCUGCACCCCCCACCUUGCUUCUAUAAUCAACUUCUCCUUCGGUGUUUCCUUUGAAAUAUUGCAGAGCAGAUUUAACAUGAAUACUGCUCCUGGCUUGCUAAGAACAAUAUUUCCAUUGUAUUAUCUCACCUGCCAGCCGCUCUUUAACCCAGUUCUAUACGGCCUGAAUAUGUCCAAAAUACGCAGCAUGUGUAAAAAGCUGGUUCUGAGAAAGAUUUAGUUGUUUUUUUAGACUUUUUAGACCACUGGAUCUUAUCACAAGCUCAAACCACCUCCAGUUGUUGGUGUGCAGGAGGAGCAGCUCUAAUCCAUGUUUCCCUAAAUAUGUGGCAUAAUUUUAUUUUAAUGCUCUGCAGCUGAAUACAUAAAAGUCUAUAUUCUGACUGUUGAAGAUUUUGUUUUUGCAAGUAUUUCAAUGAAAUAUAAAUGUUACACAUAAUCUCCUGAAACUAUUUUUAUGCGUUUUGUCUCUCUUUUUUG